CGGCGUUACGCGUGACGGUAACUAUUCACCCUUGUAACGUUGCGACCUCCCACUCCCGACCUUCCCACUGUCGUUCUGCUCCUUCUCCCUCUCUUACCUUUCGUCAUUCACUCCUCCCACUCUCAUCCCCGACGCUGUCGAUAGCAUACGCGCUCUGCGCAACGUGCUGGACAGGCAGCACACAUGAUCCUCCUCGAAGUCGUCGAUGCCGAACGCCGUAAAGUCGUAGCCGCCUUGACCGGAUCCGACGAGGGUCCCUCCAGACGCAGAAACGAUGUCGUCCGCCAACCAGAGGCUUCUGGCUCGGGCACAGACCCGCCGGACUAUGCUACCUCACAGGCUCAGGCUGAGAAUCAGAAGGGAGACGAGGAGGACCUGAAGAAGCCUGCAACCGCUAAAAGAUGGACUGACAGACGCCUGGGGCGGUUUAUAGUCUAUGCUUUGAUCAUUUACCUUGUACUCAGUAUUUCGAUUGCCGUUCCUUUAUACAUCGUGUUGCGAAAUAAUGAAAGGAAAAAUGCUUUCAACAAUGCGGAAAAUUGGAUGAAGGAAGGCGCACCACCCCCACCCCCACCUCCCGAUGUUUUACCGACAGAUGUGCUGGCUUCUCCCUUCUUCUAUGGCUACCCGCUCAAUUGCAAUAAUUGGACAUAUGUUGCUGCAUCUGGCCCGGAUAACGGAUUCUACACGUUACAAUAUUCUCUACCUUUAAAUGAAGCGGUGUAUGUCCGGUCGAACUUUUCCGACCUCGAUGAUGAGGGAGACAUCUUUUCGCCGAUGACUGGUAACAUACGCGUCAGUGUGGGAAAUGAUACUUCACAAACGAAUGCGACCGUCACCGUUAAGAUGAAGGACAUCGGACCCGCAACGAAUGAGUCUAGUACUUGUCUUAUGGGUGGAAAUGGGACAUGGGGUGUCGCUAUAUUCGUCCCUAACAAUCCGGACGAGUAUAAGUUCUUCUUUGACGUGGACUUUGUACUCCCCCCUCACUACGAUCAUCCCCUCGGUACUCUGGCUACCUUCAUGCCUCUGUCCAACCAAUCUUUCUCGUCACUGGACGCCUACCCGGAUUUGGGGGAUCUUGACGUCAGAGGGUCUCUGGGUUCCAUUAACAUUGAGUCGGUACAUGCAAACAAUAUCCUAGUGAAGACGUCUGCUUCGAGCAUAACGGGAACAUUCAACGCCUCGAACACACUCCGAUUAGAGACGGUCCUGCGACCUAUUACAGCGAACAUUUCGAUGUACAACGAUGGAUUUGAGUCGCCUCCGUCGAUAAUUGAUGUUAUGACGGGCAACAAUAGCGUGAAUUUAAGUGUUACCUUGUACGGGCCUAUGAACGCCAGCGCCUACUGUUCUCCGACAUUCAUGAGCAACGUACGAACGUUCAGCGGUCCGAUAGACGCUGCAUAUUACCACGACUCUUCUCUCCUUUCUUCCGUCCUCUACGCUCGUACAUCAAGUAGUUUUGAGCCAGCUCGAGUAUUCGUGGAUAGAAUAUUCGAAGGAACAUAUGAUGUCCAAACAACUUUGAGUGAUGCCAUCGUCAAUCAAUCGUCGGAUCUUGUUGAUCCUUCAGGUGCCGGCAGGAAUAGGCAGUACCAACUAGACUAUACUUCGCCGACUCGAUCAUAUGGCUGGGUAGGAUGGGGCUUACGACCGUCAGAUAAACGAUUUUGGCAACAGGGUCACAUCGAAGUCGAGUCAAGCCUAGCGAACGCAGAGUUACAGCUCACCGACAUACCAUAUUAUGGUGGUGACAACGAUGACGACGACAAAGUAAGCAUGGUGAAGUCCCCAAAAGACGAUAAGGACCCGCAUAGAUAGCCCGUUCGUUUCGUUCCGUUCAUUCGUUUCUUAUGGGCUUUCCGCUUUGCUUUGACAUAUCUUACUUAUCCUUUGGGCAUGUACUUUGAUGUAUUUUAUCACAUUCAUUUCAUUUCCUUCGCAAGUUUUGUUUUUUUUUCUUUUACGCAAGCAAAAUAUGAUAGUUUAUUGCAUUAUUUGA